GAGCUCGUCUAAGUGCAAGGAAGCUGUGUGAAUACGGCCCCAGAUGUCCGAAGAAGUCCACUGGACUGGGUCCAGCCGCGGGGGUUACAGGAAGUUCUAGCUGCCAUGUUUGGCUGCUUUGUUGUAGAUUGCCUAUAGGUUUGCUACAGAUUUUGACUUGUGUUGCGAUGGAACCGAGCUGGAGUACGUUUUUAUUCCAACAGGCCAAUGAGGCUCUGCAUCACCAGCAUCAAGUAACUGGGAACAGUCUCUUACCUUUGCUCAGUUCUGGAACAGAGCCACCUGAUCAGAAACCAGUGCUCCCCAUUCCCGUGGACCAGAAACCCCCUGUCAGUGCUGCAGAACUUCUUAAAGACAAUGUAGCAAGUGGGACUGGGGGGGUUGGUGAUAGAGGGCCUCCAGCUGCUGUUGUCAAAAAGGAACCCAAAUCAAAGACACCCUUCAUCUGUGGUUACUGCAACAAAGCUUUCCGGGACAGCUAUCACCUGCGGCGGCAUGAGUCCUGCCACACUGGCAUUAAGAUGGUUUCAAGGCCUAAGAAGACACAAACAGCCCCGACUAUGGUGCCACUUAUAUCCACUGUGCCACGUGAGAAUAAUGGAAACCCUUCAUACGUCACUACUGUAGCUGGAAUUUUGACUACAGCCACCACAUCAACAUCUACAGGUACCACUAUCAUGACCCCAAUGCAACACCAGCAUCAGCAGAGCAUCCCUAAGAAGCCCCCCAAACCAGUCAAAAAAAAUCAUGGCUGCGACAUGUGUGGUAAGGCCUUCAGAGAUGUGUAUCAUCUCAACCGCCACAAGCUGUCGCACUCUGAUGAGAAGCCAUUUGAGUGUCCCAUCUGCCAGCAAAGAUUCAAGAGGAAGGAUCGCAUGACAUACCAUGUCCGCUCCCAUGAUGGUGGAGUUCAUAAGCCUUACAUCUGCUCUGUCUGUGGGAAGGGGUUCUCCAGACCUGAUCACCUAAGCUGUCAUGUCAAGCAUGUCCAUUCUUCAGAGAGGCCUUUCAAGUGCCAAGUUACGGCCUGUACCUCCGCCUUUGCUACCAAAGACCGUCUGCGCUCCCACAUGAUUAGGCAUGAAGGCAAAGUAACCUGCACCAUAUGUGGCAAAAUGCUAAGUGCUGCCUACAUCACAAGUCACCUCAAGACGCACGGCCAAGCCAGUUUCAGCAAUGCAUGUCACAAUAAAGGUGAGUUGACAGUAGGAGAGAUUUUAAAUCACUCCUUCCAAGUCCUAAUUGACAUCUCUCACAAAGAUGCCAACAACGUUCACAAUUCAGCCCCAUCAACACCAGUCACCAACUCAGCAGCCAUCACCUCGGCCGUGAACCGCUGUGGCAAUACCAGCAACCCUGUCACUAUCGCUGCUCAGAUGAACAUCGCCACCAGCACGGUCAACAUCACAUCACCGGUCAACCUGCAGCACCCUGUCACCAUCACUGGCCCUGUGAACUUGGCCUCUGUCAAUAUCCCUACAACAGCACAUAUGAAUAUUGCCCACCCAGUGGCCAUCACCACUUCCAUGCCCAUGAAUAUUACUGGGCCACUCAACAUUGCCAUGAGGCCAAUGGAUAGCAUGCCUUUUCUAUCCCAAGUUCUGCCCUCCUCCCCUCCUUGGUAGAGCUUUUUUGGACCACAUGGUGCCGAGGUUGUUUUAACUGCCUAAUAAUGGAUGAGCUUGUCAAAUCUUAGUAUAAUGGCCCUCUUAAUGGGUAGAUAGUGUUUUAAACUUUAAAAUGUGAUAACUAAUGUUUUACAACCACAUACAGAACCACUAUUUAUUGUGGAUAAAUUGAUCAAUAUUUAAUUUUUAAUGUUUCAGAUACCCAUAACCAUCAUAGAAAAUGAAUUGUUUGGCUUACGGUCAGUCAUUGUAGAGUGUAGGGCUACAUAUUACCUGAGAUACAGUUGGCUUUCCUUCAAAGAAAUCAUCCUUACUGUUGUAAGGAUGGGCAAUAUGGAUAAACUCUUACGUCAUAGACAGUGUUGGGGGACAACAUGUUACAAAGUAUCACAUUACUGUAAUGACAUUACAUUUGUCUGUAGCAGUAACUCAAACCAUUAAAGCUCCUAAAUUGAGUAAUCACACUACAGUUACUAAUAACAGUUGUGUCCUUACUUGCAGUAAUAAGUAAUAACAUACGCUCUUCAAUCGGUUGUUUGCACUGAAGAGAUUCCAGUGGUUUGUGAAAUUCAGACUGAGGGCGAAAGGCAUGGAGGCAAUAGAGGGAAGUUACUUAUCGUUGCUGCACGUGUCUGUUCAAGUACAGGGGUACAGCCUCCUGCAAAGGAAAGAAAACCCUUGUUUAUAUGACCAUGUAUCACUUUGUAUCAUAAAUCACUUCCUGCCCUCUAUCUGCACUUUGCACCAUUAACAAUGACAUGACAUCAUAUGUCAUUCAAAACUACCAGAAAAGGUUUAAGAGACACCUUUUUUUUGAGUAUGUUUGGCAUGUUAAAUCCAAUUCAUAAGACCUUUAAAGAGCAUAAAAGAAAGAUCUUGGAGGUAGAUGUUUAAAGGUAGAUAUUUUGUGCAGGUACUGAUUAAAUAACUAAAAUUUUUGGCCAAAGAUCUUCAAAGUAUAGCGUUUCCUCCUGAAUGUUAUAUUAUUAGAAAAUAUAUAAACAUUUAUUUAACAACAUCAUGGGAUACAAAUUAUCCUUUUGAGACCCAGUUAUUUAAAUUAGCAACUCCAGCCACCUACUUCAUCACCCUUUUGUACUAACACUACUGAAAAUGGUGGUGGUGAUUGUGAUGGUACAGGUACUGUCGUUCACACGUACAUAGAAAGUUGCAUCUUCCCUAUUAAUUGUUGCAAUAAUGGUUCAAACUUUUCAUAUGUGAUAAUGUAUAUAUUCAUGUUAAAUUGCUUGAACUGGAAGUUGAUCACACCAGCAGGUGUCAUGGCAUUUUCAUGACAAACCAAAAUAGUAUUUUCUUCCACUUGACAGGUUUUGAAAUUAUGGGGCAGUUACUACAAUAUCAUAUUCAUCCAUAUUGUGGUUCCAUUUAGUCCUUGCUCAUCCUUUUUUCAAAACUUGAGAAGUUUGUUUUCCAAUGCUCACUGCAGCAGUAAUGGUAGGAAACACAUUAUAUGCUGUGGAAAUGCAAAACAUCCACCUUUGUCAACCUCUUUUUGGCCAUUGAAGGAUAAUGUUGGUAUUGUAAAGGUGACCAGUUGAUUUUCUCAAUUGUAUAUCCGACUUCAAACAUGGAUGAUGUAUGAUACCUGACAAUAUCUUCGGCAUUAUUUUAAAACUCCUUAAAUGGAUGUUUAUUGCUGGAGUCUUUCUUGAAUGCUUCCUCUUAAGGCAGUUGUUUUCAUUUUUUUCUGUUGGACGUUAGAGGACUCAUGAUUUGAUAGUAUAUAUAUUUAAAAGUUUAAUUGCAACAAACAAAGCUUCCAUUUUUGUGCAGGGUGAAUGAUAUUGUGAAUCUCACUGAUUGUUCAGCGGCUGCUUGCAUCAACCAUGAACUCCCCCCAUUUCUAUAUUUUAAAACAGCUAGAAACUUGUUACUGUGGGAACAUUUAUAGGAUUCAAUUCGACUUUUUUUUGACAGUUUUGUAUUGCUAUAUAUCAGGACAUAACACUUGAAGGUGUAGUCUUGUACUGGGGAGGUGAAACAUACACUUGGCAUCAUCAGCCCAGUGCGGCAGAAAUUUGCAUCUCCAUUAUGACAGGGAUAUCUGCUUGAAGUUACGUCUUUAACUACUGAUGUGUUUGUCUUGAGGAGUGGUCAAAGAAGAGGCUGUAAAAUCCACAGGAAAAUAGCUGCUACUAAAGAAUAACUGCUAACAAAGCUCGACUAAUUCAGUUAUAAACAUAGUUUAAUCUUCUCUAAAUGCUAACAAUAACGAUCCCCCAUUAUUUUGCUGUGUAAAAGCUUUUAUUUUGAAACGGCAAAAUCAGGAAAUGUUGGUGACUCCUGAAAACAGCUAAUUAUGAACAUGAAACUUCAGAUUCAGCUAGAAGCAAUAAAACUACCGAGAGCUGAAGACAAAGACUUGAAUGUCUAUGCUCUGGUUUUCUGCACAGGCAUAAAGUGAGUCUCAUGGGAUUGUCUGAGAAAGGUGGUGUCACAGUUGCCAGAUUUCAGCACGCUUGGACACAGACUGGGCAUGCUUUGGCCUCACUUCGUAGAUUGGCCCUCUUCGAUGUGACUCAGCACAACUAGUCGCACUCAAAGUGGUAAUGGCAACAGAAAUUGCCAUGGCCAGAUUGCCAUUUGAAAGGUCCCACCAACAGCUGAUGACUGUACUGCAAAAAGCAGUCCGACAGUUGACUUCGGUGGUAUGUAAAAUGUGUGGGGCUGUAUACUUUAGCAGGUAAAUGAUCCCAUCACUUUCUGAGGUAUCAGCGAAAAGACUUUGUUUACUAUUUUACACACAUCAGUUCUUUGUAAAUUUGAACCACUUUUAUUAUCCUUUCAAAUGGAGCAGUGGCAGCCUUUCUCUGUUUAUCACAGGACCUCUGAUGUGGCCGUCCAUCCAGGAGAGGUCAGAGCAAAGAGCAGAGACUAAUUAAAGGGCAAGGCUGGUUUCAUUUUCUUUUUAUUGUCAACAAAUCCCAUAAAACGCCUAAAAAACAGAAAAUUAUCCUACUAACCAGUAUGUGUUAGAAUAGCUUAUGCUGUUAAUACAAUACUACUGCUGUCCAAAAAAUGUUGAAAGCAGAUUCACAGAAUUGGACAGAAUUCUUUCAGAAUAAACACUGAUGAUGUCAUUCCCAUUUUAGUGAACAUGUUGCAAAGCACAGCAGUACUGCUUUUAUUUGAUUUUGUGUUCAUUUUUGGAAAACAUCAGCAUUCUAACAAUAUACCACUGUGACAUAGUAUAUCACUGUGACAUUGUGCAAGAACAACAAUUGCUUCUGGGUGGAAAACUGGCUAUAUAUUUGCAUUGUGGAGAUAUGUGAAAUAGGCAAAUUUGUUGAAAUAGGUAAUUUUUAGCCAUGACUUUAACAUUUAAAGAUAUUUAGUAAAAUAUGGUGACCCAACCUAUCUGAGUGUGCUCAUAUGAUAUCUGUGUUGCUUUGCACCUUAACAUCUACCCAGCAGAGACAAAUCAGAAUAACUGCUAGUUUGAGCUCAAGCUGUCAUUUUCUGUAGUCUGUGGCCUAGCAGGUAAAUUAGGUCUCCAAACUAAGAUAAGCAAAAUCUUAUUAUUGAUGAGAUAUGAAAGCAUCAAACAUUCAUUUUAGAUAAAUGUAUAGACUUUAUAAAGAUUAUAUAUCAAAGUACAAUUAAAUAGAAUGUGAGCUGAUGCAGGGAUUUCUUUAUAAGUUAUUAGAAACAAAUGAGUGAUGUGAUUUGUAUAUAUCAUGCUGUAAAUACACAGAUCUUCUCAGCAGGAUAGAUUUGUAGUUAUUUUACAAUAUGAUAAAGACACUCGAACUCAUUUCCUUUUCUUUAGAUCUCACUGGUAUAUCCCAAAGUGUUAUGUUAGUUACUUUGUUUUUUCUUUGUGAUCACAAAGGAAGCUUAUUUUUUCUGUGCAAAGCUCAGGUGUACCCAAAAGGGCACAGUGUCAGUGGGUGAGACUAGUAAUAUACAUGUUGCUAGGCAACAUUAAGGUUGAAAACUUGGAACCAUGUUGACCUUGCCUUCAAAAGUUACAACCCCUCACUUUAACUUGUGUUGUAUACAUGUUGCUUUGGAAGAAUCAGACUUUUUGUAGUGGCAACCACAGAGGUGAACAUUGACGGGGCCAGAAUACAACUCAUCAUUGAAACAUUGGAGACAUCAUUUGGAACCAAAACCAAAUAAAUGUUUAAUUUCGCCCUCACCUAGUGUGGAGCCAAAAAGGGGAUCAAUUCUCAACUGCUGUAGAAAAAUGAUGGUGCAUGGUAGACCCCCAUGGAAACCCCCAGACUCCCGCUAUAGAUAUAAAAGACUUAUUUCUAAAGUAACAAAAAACAACAAUUCUUAGUUUAGGUGAUUGUACACUAAUGAAACCAUGAAUAUUAUCCUAAAUCCCCCUAAAUCAAACACACUGCACCUUAAAAAGAUAUUGGAUGUGUCACCCAUUGCAAAAAGCACCCACUGUUCACUGUGCCUAGAACUUUCUUUGGUAUUAGUUGUGGAACUUUCCUGUUGCACCCAACAAUGGAGUAUUUAAUACAUAAUUUGUGUGUGGUAAAAGUACAGUUAAGAUCAGAAGUUGACGUACAAGUUUGAAGUUAUUAAAAGUAUUUUUUGUUAACUAAUCCACAGAUGUCUUGUCAAGAAAUGACAUAUUUUUAAAUGAUUUUCCUGCUGCAGUCCCACACUCAGCUUGGAACACUGUCUGUUCAUUUAGUACAGCAGCUUGAUCAGGGAUGUUGUAGUAGAGACAGGUCUCUGUAAGGAUGUUGGCAGUGAUUGUCUCAAAAUCUGCUGAUUGUAAUCCACAACCCCCACUUUCUUCUCCAAUGUUGAUGAAUGUGUUCCUGCCAUAAGUACUGCAAUAUAGCAGAAACAAUAACCCCUAAUACAUUAAUAACAACAUCAAAAUUAUGAAUUGAUUUCUGUGUGUGCCACAGUUGCCAUAGCAUCAAUGCGUGUUACAGGUCAUGGUAAUUCUAAGUGCUGUAUUGUAGGCAACUGGACUGGACGUGUCUCAGUUUCUUGAAGACUUUUCACCUCUCAUUCAAGAGGCUUCAAUAAACAGUAUAUUCCUUCCAAUACACUGAGGCAGAAACUUGUCCACCCUAAGGACAAAACACCCAUAAACAGAGAAAUGUAGUUUAUGCUGUUCAAUGCAGCCAGGACUGUACAGAUUUAUACAUUGGGGAUCCAAAACACAGACACAACACAGGAAGGCCAACUCCUCAGGUCAAGACUCUGCUGUCUACUUACAUCUGAACGAUAAAAAUCAUUCCUUCGAGGACAACAAUGUAAACAUCUUGUCUAAAGAAGACAGAUAGUUGGAAAGAGGAGUAAAGGAAUCCUGCUAUGACCCCCCACCUACAAUGCAAUACUGAGUUCCCUCCCCAGGCAGCUUAACAACCAUUCACACAAGGGCUCACCUAAGCCUAACAACCCACAUGAAGGCAGGUUUGACCAAUGACCCACAAGCCACAACAACUCUGAAACUCACAAAUCUGUAAGGGCUCUCCAGCACAGAUUUUAAACCCUACAGUUAGUUAGAACCAAAGAAGACUCUUGGAUGAGAGGUGAAACGUGUUCAAGAAACUGAAACACAUGCAGUUGCCUAAGAUACAGCUCUUUCAUCAUAUUUGUUUGUACAAAUAAUUAUAUGCAAGUGUAAACAUCAAGGUAGCCAUCAUACCCCUCAGAACGGCUCAGUCUUUAUUUGCAUUGUGCUGGUUCACAACAAUAGUGAUCUUAUGAUACUUUGUGAACUGAAUAGGACUAGGCCAUACUCCUGGAUAAAUGUAUUUACAGUGACUCAACAUUUCCCCAAUGAGCAAGCACUUGGCAAUGGUAGUAAAACUGCCUUUUAACAGGCAUGCACUUCAGAGCAGAGCUAGUAGGUAGAGCAACCAGUAAUAGUAAUAACAGCUUUACUAAUUGAGAUAUGAAUAUUACUAAUACUAAAAGUACAAUAAUAAUAGCUGUGAUGGUGAUGGUAGUAGGACCACAGCAGCAGGACCACCAUCCAUAGGAACCUGCAAGGCGAGAGAGCACAGAGACUUCGGGAAAAAAGACAAGUCAGUAAUACGUACUAAUGAGACAUGAAUGUGAAUUUAAGAUAUGCUAUUAUGGGCUUUGUAUGUGAGGACAGGGAUUUAAAAUUCUAUUCUGGAUUUUACAGGACGCCAUUGCAUAGAGCUGUAAUCAGAGAAACAUGUUCUCUAAAAUGAGUUAUGGUCAGGAAACAUGUAGCAGCAUUCUGGAUCAGCUGGAGAGUCUUAACAGACUUAUUGGCGCAGUCUGAUAACAGAGAAAUACAAUAAUCCAGCCCUGAGGUGACAAAAAUGUAUAUGUAUGUGGGAGUUAAAAGACAGAUCCUGGUCAAAGAUAACUCCCAGAUUCCUUACUGUGGUGUUGAGGCAAGAGUUAUGCCAUCUAGAGUAGCUAGACAUUAGAUACUGUGUCUCUAAAAUGUUUAGGGCCCACAAAUAACCAUAAUACAUGCCAGAAGUUUAGCUAACUGAUAAGUGUCAUCCGGCUUAAUGAAGAAGUAUAUUUGUAUACCAUCUUCAUAACAAUGAAAAUGAAUGUGUUUACUAAUGAUAUUCCCAAAAGGAAGUACAGUGAAUAAUACUAGUCUGAGCACAGAACCUUGUGGAAGCCUGUGACUAACUUUGGUAUGCAAUGAGGAUCUACUGUUAAGCUGUACAAACAGAUAUCGGUCUGAUAAAUAGGACUUAAUCCAGCUCAAUGCAGUUCCUUUAAUACCAGAUGGACACCUUGAUGACAGAGAUGUCUAUAACAUAAUAGCAGGUCUCCCAUCAUGCAUUAACCCAAAGAGGAUCAGGUACAUGUCAGUCCUAUAAAUGAGUUUGAGAUGAUGCUGAAUGCAGUUUCAGUGAAAUUCAGUGUCAUCGCAGAAAGGUUAAAGGUUUGUCACUGUAUGUGUACCAGCCAGAGCUCCACAAUCAUAUCUAUUUUUGGGUCGGUGACUGAAAACAUCUUAGAAUAUUUCAAAGAAAGAAGGUUGUAUGAAAUAACAUCUGUAAUGAUCACAGUGUCUGUGUUCUGGAAGGCCAUACCUGAAGAUGGAUUAAAAAGUCUUCAAUCAAAACUCCUCCUGACUUCAAGCUACAGCCCUCUCUCGCUGUGACUUCUCUGAAGUAUCCCAACCAACAGAUCAUCCUUAUGGGAAUAAGCCCAGAUAUUUGGCCAGUCUGCUACUUUAUUGUGUGAAUGACAACACUGUCCACCAAAGGUAAUGCUUUAACAUGGAAUAGCAUUAUGAUCUAAGAAAAUGAUUAAUUUCCCAUCUUUGUUUUUUAUUUUCCAAUGUUGCAUGUGGGUGACUGAACGUAUCCAGUGUAAGUUUGAGUUCAACAACAGUUAUUAGAGGGCUAGUCUCUUUAUUAAAACAAAACACUAAAAAAAUGUUGUUUGUCCUUCUCCAAUGGCCAAAAACAAGUCUGAAAUACUUUACAAGACUUUUUCACAGGAUAAUUCCUCCGUCUGUAAAUGUGCUGUAUGAUGGAAUAGUUUUGUGAGGGAAACUUUCAACAGUUCAGAUGGCUGAGGCCCCCACAGGUAUGGCUGUCAAACUACUUUGUAAUCACAUUUUUUUUACUUUUUCAUCAAAUGAUUGUGAAUUUGUCAUAUACUACUUCAGGAACAGCAUGGAAACAUUAGAUGACAUUUUCAUUUAAGUCAACGUCAUGUAAUUCUAUCAGUGACAAUUAACCAUUUAGGUUAAUUUUUUAAUUUGAGUCCAGCCCAAUGUGAAACCCACUUAUUUGGCAAAUAAUGAUUUGCAGAAUCUUUUUAUUUUUUUAUUUGAUCUGUGAGUGUUGUAUGAUGAAUUUGGCAGAUGUGAAGGCAAAUGAAUGUAUAUCUUUGUACAAACUAGUUCAGUUGACAUGUUAGUUUUGACAGACAUGCAAAGGAAAAAAAACUUUUAUACGUCUUUUGUAUUAGAACAUUAACAAUGGUAUAUAAUUUUUGUAAAUAGGAAGGCUACGCUUUCUGAUUAGCAGGAAGUUAAAACAUUCCUGCAUUUUUUUUAAAUGUAUGUCUAUUGAGAAUAAUAUUGAAAAUGUGUGCAAUGUUUUAUGUGCCUUUUAUUUGCGUUUGUCUAAAUAAAAGAAAAAAAACAUGACUGUGAA